UGCAGAUCCUUGCCAUCAUUUCCAUCAUGUUCAUUGUCCUCUCCACCAUUGCCCUGUCGCUCAACACGCUGCCCGAGCUGCAGAGCCUUGACGAGUUCGGCCAGACCACAGACAACCCCCAGCUGGCUCACGUGGAGGCCGUGUGCAUCGCGUGGUUCACCAUGGAGUACCUGCUGCGGUUCCUCUCCUCACCCAAGAAGUGGAAGUUCUUCAAGGGCCCACUCAACGCCAUCGACUUGUUGGCCAUCUUGCCCUACUAUGUCACCAUCUUCCUCACCGAAUCCAACAAGAGUGUGCUACAGUUCCAGAAUGUCCGCCGCGUGGUCCAGAUCUUCCGCAUCAUGCGUAUCCUCCGCAUCCUCAAGCUCGCACGGCACUCCACCGGCCUCCAGUCCUUGGGCUUCACCCUGCGAAGGAGCUACAAUGAGCUGGGCUUGCUCAUCCUUUUCCUCGCCAUGGGCAUCAUGAUCUUCUCCAGCCUCGUCUUCUUUGCUGAGAAGGACGAGGAUGACACCAAGUUCAAAAGCAUCCCAGCCUCUUUCUGGUGGGCCACCAUCACCAUGACGACGGUUGGGUAUGGAGACAUCUACCCCAAGACUCUCCUGGGGAAGAUUGUCGGAGGACUCUGCUGCAUUGCAGGUGUCCUGGUGAUUGCUCUUCCCAUCCCGAUCAUUGUCAAUAACUUCUCUGAGUUCUACAAGGAGCAGAAGAGGCAGGAGAAAGCAAUCAAGCGGAGAGAGGCUCUGGAGAGAGCCAAGAGGAAUGGCAGCAUUGUCUCCAUGAACAUGAAAGAUGCUUUCGCCCGGAGCAUCGAGAUGAUGGACAUUGUGGUAGAGAAAAAUGGAGAAAAUAUGAGUAAGAAGGACAAAGUACAAGAUAAUCACUUGUCUCCCAACAAAUGGAAAUGGACAAAGAGGACACUAUCUGAAACUAGCUCAAGUAAGUCCUUUGAAACCAAGGAGCAGGGAUCCCCUGAGAAGGCCAGAUCAUCUUCCAGUCCUCAGCACCUGAACGUCCAGCAGUUGGAAGACAUGUACAAUAAGAUGGCCAAGACCCAAUCUCAACCCAUCCUCAAUACCAAGGAGUCAACAACACAGAGCAAACCAAAGGAAGAACUUGAAAUGGAGAGUAUCCCCAGCCCUGUAGCCCCUCUGCCCACUCGUACAGAAGGGGUCAUCGACAUGCGAAGCAUGUCGAGCAUCGAUAGCUUCAUUAGCUGUGCCACAGACUUCCCCGAAGCCACCAGAUUCUCCCACAGCCCUUUGGCCUCACUCCCCAGCAAGACUGGGGGUAGCAUGGCCCCAGAGGUGGGCUGGCGGGGAGCUCUGGGUGCCAGUGGUGGGAGAUUUGUGGAGGCCAACCCCACCCCUGAUGCCAGCCAAUGCUCUUCUUUCUUCAUUGAGAGCCCCAAGAGUUCUAUGAAGACGAAUAACCCCCUGAAGCUACGAGCACUUAAAGUCAACUUCAUGGAGGGUGACCCCAGUCCACUAGUCCCCGUUCUGGGGAUGUACCAUGACCCUCUUAGGAACCGGGGGGGUGCAGCUGCUGUCGCUGGGCUAGAGUGUGCCACACUCUUGGACAGGCCUGUACUGAGCCCAGAGUCCUCCAUCUAUACCACAGCAAGUGCUAGGACACCCCCCCGGUCGCCUGAGAAACACACAGCAAUAGCAUUCAACUUCGAAGCAGGUAUCCACCAGUACAUUGAUGCGGACACAGACGAUGAGGGGCAGGUUCUCUACAGUGUAGAUUCCAGCCCUCCCAAGAGCGUGCAUGUGAGCACCAGUCCCAAGUUCAGCGUCGGGACAAGAUCAGAGAAGAACCACUUUGAAAGCUCCCCCUUACCCACGUCCCCUAAGUUCUUAAGGCAGAACUGUAUUUACUCUACAGAAGCAUUGACUGGAAAAGGCCCCAGUGGUCAGGAAAAGUGCAAACUCGAGAACCACAUCUCCCCCGACGUCCGCGUGUUGCCAGGGGGAGGAGCCCACGGGAGCACACGGGAUCAGAGCCUCUGAGCUACCCUACCUGCAGCAGAGACCUGUGGCAAGACCUAAGAGGCGUGCUGUUCAGCUUACCUGCCGCAGAGCUUUUCCACACGAACUCAGACAGACAGGCUCUGCAGAGCCCCCAGGCAGAAGAGAGACUCCAGAGGAGGCUCCCUAGGGCCUGGAGAGCCGUGACAGGUACAGCAGGAUGAAGUGGGCCAAGCCACAGGCUAUGGCGUCUCCUUGUGACAACUCUGCUGCCCUCUUUGGGAGAUGACGUGGGCAGAACUCAUAGCCACCACUACCACAUGCUAGACCUCACCAAGCCCACCUAGUCCCCACUUUUCUGUCACGGCUCUCCAUCGCAGCCUCAGGGGGCAACAUCUCCAUCCCUUGGGCUUCGGCUGGAGACGGACGCUGGACAACAAGUGGCCGGGUUGACCGAUUUCGUUUUGGGCAUUGCCCAGCCACCUCUAGGAACUCCUGUCCAUCGCCUCCUGGAUGGAUCCCACUGUCAGAAGGCUGCAGAGGAUGCUUGUGUCGUGGGGAAAUUUCUGCGCCAUAAAGCACGGUCCCAGCGCAAAACCCUUCCUCAAAUGUCGUCAUCGACUUCAGUGUUCCGUAGUACCUGAGAUUUAAUUUUGAGAUAUCAUCAGGGUGAGUUGCACCACUUGUUCCUGAUUCUGAUUGCCCCCUGGCAACGUGGGAAGGGUUCAGACGGCAGGCACUCAGCCAACAGUGUGAACUGUGAACAUUGCUUUAGGGUUGUAUAAGGAAAACCCUCUCUGUACAUCACUAGCAUAGCCUCAAAAGAUAUGGAAGUGUCAAAUAUGCAAAAGAAAUAGCUUAUUCAAAGAGACUGUAUGUUACCGAAGAACAGAAUAAAAUCUGAUUUUUUUUUUUACCUGCAAAAAUGGAAAAAAAAAAAAAUCCCCAAUUGAAAUGCCCAGUUCAGACUUUUGAAUACUUCCUGUGGCAGCAGGGAAAGCAUCUACUAUGAUAGAAAUUCUUUUUUGUUUCCUGUGGUAUUCAAGUUAAAAAAAAAAAAAGUUAAAAUAAAAAGCACUUUAUGUUUUUCAAAAAUAGGUUCUACCAGGGACAGUGUCAACAUCUUGCACUUUAAAACAAGCACUAUUUCCCGUGGGCCACUUUUUGGGACUACAGUUGGGCUGUUAACUACAUGCCUGUGUCGGGCCACGGUAGGUGAUGUUGUGCGGGUAUUGCUGUCUGCCACGUUGAAGUCUGUGGGCUCCUUCCCUGUCCCUCUGAAGCUUCCUGUUGGCCCCCUUACGAGGAAGGGUACUUGAGCCCUGGAGCGGGGCCUCUCACAGAGUCCCGUGUGCAGGAGACACGCGCGUCUCGGAAGAAUACAGUAGGUGGUGGGCACUGGGUGUUUACUCUGUUCUCUUUCUCGUCAACCAGCUGUUGGUAUGUUUUCAGUGUCACUGUCUGUACUAAAACUCAGCCCUCCUUUCUGCAGCCAUCAAUGCAGCUAGUACGGACAAAAGCAAUAAGUAUUUGUGUGCGUUGUGAGUGGUUCCGGUGUAUUUCUUGGUGUGGGUCUUCCUGUCCUAGUUCGACGACCUGGCGUUGGCCUGCCUGAUUUGGGUCCAGGAAGGACGGUGGUGUUGGCCGUUCCUCAGUUCAGACACAUUGGGUUGAGCCACCGGUUAGCAUGAUGCCCUGCUGUUGGCCCAUCUGUCAGUCAAGAAGACGUAUCUGCCUGUCUUUGGUACAGCGGACCGAUGUCGUUCCCUGAAUACAACGCGGAUGGACGAUGUCCCAAGUACAGGAGCGUAGAUCUGCCGCCCACAACACGGUGACAGGCACACGUCUUCCUGAUGGAACAAACACGGCGUGGGUCUCCUGUUCCUCCUACAAUAUGUCAUUGGUCUGCCUGUGAGUGUGAUGGCAUGAGCCACCUGUCAGUACACAAAUAAUCAGAGUCAUUCUGCCUGCCCUCUGCACAAUGGCAUGCGGUUGGACCACCUGUCACAGGUGUCCACAGGAGUCAUCCCACCGCCCUUAAAAACACCUGUGCUCUGCUGAAUAUGUACCUGGUUCAUACUGCUUCUCAGUGUCUCCGGGGACUGUGGAUCCUUCCAAGAGGGUGCAGUCCUGUUCUUUGCUGUGUUAACAGAGGCUACGAUGCCGAUGCCGAAGUAUCUUGCCACUCUGAGGUAUCUUCAGAGCAUCCUCGCAGCCACCGCAAAGGGACUUAAGGGGCAGGGAAAGUGUGAGGUCAUCCUGUGCUGGUAGCACCAGAGAGAGAGGAAGCAGCCACGCCCCCAAGCGCUUUGCCGGGCACACAGCGCGCGGGCUGGGGGCCUACUGAGGAGCGGCCGACGGACAGUCCUCCCCGGCCCAUCUCAUCUCACCUGCCUCUUCUUUGUUUUCGUGACCAUUUACGUCGGCCAUCAGCACAAACGUGAAAAUUCAGGGAAAACAAAUGCUUUUUGAUAAAAGUAAAUAGUUGUGAUUUCCGAUUCCGAUAUUUUUAGAGCUGAUGCUAUCUGUAAAAAUUAGUAACAAUAGUAAUAUAGUCUAUUUUACAUAUCAGGAAAGUGAACAUGUUUAAAUAUAGCCAUAUACAGCGAGAAGGAACUUACCACCCCUUCUUCAAAUCAAGGCAUUUCAUUUGUUGGUUGAAGCCGAUGAGAAGUGUACAGAUUGGAUAUGAUUUUUUUUUCUUUCUUUUUCUUUUUUUUUUUUAACUAAUAACCAAUUGGUGCAACUCUCCUUGUAACCAAAGGCCCUUUCUGCCUUGUGUGGUCACACAGGACCUGGCCCUUCCUUCCCUGUGUAGUUUGUCUGACCUUAAAGUAGCAUUUUAUGGAGUCACUUUUGAAGGACGAAUU